AGAGCUUGUGUUUUGGAGAAAUUGAGCAGGAAGCUUUAAGGAAGGGAAGGAGGAGAGAGAGAGAGAGAUUGAGAAACACACAGAGGCUGAAGAAAUGGAGCAAGUAGCAAAACUCCUUCUGUGGCAGCUUUUGCUUCUGCAAAGGUCUGUUGUUCAUUUGUAUUCAGUCCCAGCUGACAUGUUGAACCCCGAGAGCGUGGUGGUGUCGGUGUCGAAUGUCAGCGCUGUGGCUGGAUCUCAAACUGUCCUGACCUGCAAGAGUUACCGCAUGAUCUGGACCCAGGACCGUCUGAAUGACCGCCAGCGUGUGGUCCACUGGGACUUGUAUAGCAACCAGGAUGGCGAUUACAAGGCGGAGAGGCUGUGUGACAUGUACUCAGCUGGGGAGCAGCGGGUGUACAGCUCCUACAACCAAGGGAGGAUAGCCAUGCCCCAGAAUGCGUUCGCAGAUGGCAACUUCUCACUGGUGAUCAAAGAUGUUACAGAGAGCGACCAAGGCACGUACUCCUGUAACCUCCACCAUCACUACUGCCACUUGUACGAGACGGUGAAAAUCCAGCUGGAGGUCACCGAGAAUGCCAGGGAAGCGAAGAGGUACUGGGAUGGCGAGAAGGCCGUGAUCGUUGCCUUGCAGGACAGCACCGUGGUGCUCCCCUGCGUGAACCGGAACCAGAUCUGGACUGAACGGCACAGCGAAGAGGAGCAGCAAGUGGUCCACUGGGACAGGCAGCCCCCGGGGGUCCCGCACGACCGGGCUGACCGCCUCAUAGACCUGUACGCCUCCGGCGAGCGCCGCUCCUACGGGCCUCUCUUCAUCCGGCAGAAGAUGAACAUCACUGAGACGGCCUUCGCCCUGGGUGACUUCUCACUGCGGAUUUCAGCCCUGGAGAACGCGGAUGAGGGCACGUACUCCUGCCACCUCCACCAUCACUACUGUGGCCUCCACGAGCGCAGGAUCUUCCGGGUCUCCGUGAUGGAGCCAGUGAGAGAGAAGAAGGUGGUGAACCUCACUAACCCCAACAGCGUGCCACCUGUAGAUCCAAACCUAGGCAGGGGCCAUAACGUGAUAAACGUCAUCAUCCCUGAGAGCCGGGUGCACUUCUUCCAGCAGCUGGGCUACAUCCUGGCAACCCUGCUCCUCUUCCUCAUCCUCCUCAUCAUCGUGGUGCUCGUUACCCGCAAACACCGGAGGAGAGGCUACGAGUACAACGUGAAGAAAUACGAAGAGAAGGAUGUGAAUCUCAAAGAGUUUUCAGUUGACACAACCGACCUGACCCAGUACAAAAGCGAAGACAUAAGGCUGGAUUUCAAAAACAACAUCCUGAAGGAGCGGGCCGAGCAGGCCAAGAGCUUCCCAGCAAAGAUCAUUGAUUUAGACAAAGAUUUCAGGAAGGAAUACUGUAAAUGAAGACAUUCGGAAGCUGCUGGCUGGACCAGAAGCUGCAAUUAAAAAUAGACAAGAUGCAUUCCUUAUUAUAACAUCCUUCCAGUUACCAUAGAGCUUUCAUUUAGACUUUCUUCCCGUUGGGCACCCAGGCGUGUGCAGCUGCAUACAGAAAGGUUUAGAUUGGCUGUGUGAUCUUGGAAAUGGUUUUUGGUGGCUUCUUUUUCCCCUUUCCUGUUUAUUUUUCCAUCCCUUUUCUGGAUUUGUUUUUGUCCUUUUGCAUCAAUGGUUUUUUUCAGCUGAACCUGCACAUGUUUGGCUUUAACUUAACAGCAUUAAAUAAACCCCACUUGCACCAUGACCCUGAGCCAUCCGUAUGUCAGGUCCUUUUCCGUGCAAUGUGUUUAACAGCAAAUAAGACAGGGUCUGUUUCUGAUCUCCCAUAUGCUGGCGUAAAUCAGAAGGAACAAACAUGACACUUAGCACUUUCCAUAGUCAAGAUGUGGUAUGAAUGUUAGCUAAUCCAUCCUCAUGCCCUGCCAGGAGUGUGAGUAAAUAUUAUCAUCCUCCUGCAGGUGUGGAAACUGAGGCAUAUAAGUGCAGAAACUUGCCUGUGAUUUUGCAGAGGAUAAGUGGCAACACCAGGAUUAGAUCCCAGAUGCUGUGGACACGUAGCUCUGUCUUAUUCCUCUCAGCCACCUUGCCUGAUUUUAUUAUUAUUAUUUUAAAUUGUAGACCAAAUCCAACCUUGGCAUAAGCAGUUACAGCUUCCUUUGAAGUCAAUGCAUUAUGCUGUUGGAAAACCAGUGUAAACUAGAUCAGAACCAGAAAUCUUACUAUGAACAAGGCAAAAUUCUUGGAUCCAUCGAGUGGUUCUCUGCUACAUAUCCUGCAUUUGCUAGGCGGGUCCUACCCAUGCAGUGAGGUGCAGACCUAACUCCAUCCUGUAGGUCUCUUUUAGCUGCAGGAUGGAUCAGGGAGGAGAAUUUUUCACUAUGCACCAAACCCAGCCCCAGGCACAACUCCCACUGAUGUAAAGAGAGGUGGUAUGCUGGGGGUGAACGGAGGCCUUAGGUUAGCAACUGAAAUCAAACUCCAUCGGCGACAGUUCCUCAGAUCUAUCACCUGAAAAGAAUGUCUCAAGUGUGGGAAUCUCCCUCACAUCCUCUGCAAUGAAGACUCAUGCAAACAGUUAAUCAAGCUUCUCCGUAACGGCCUUGUCUUCCUUGAGUGAUCCUUCAGCACCUUGAUCAUCCAGUGGCCCCAUUGAUUGUUUGGCCAGCAUUUCAAAUCCUCCACCGUCUGUUUCCUAUUGGUAAAUUAUCAACAUAGAGCUGCUCCGGAGAGCAUUCUUUGUUUUUCCAUAAGACUUGGAAGAUCCCAGCGAAGGAGGAACAGAUUCAGAAGAGCUGCAAGGUGUGUAUAUCAACAAACUCUCAAAACAGGCUACAGGGCGAUUUCAGGGUGAUAACUCUUAGGCAGGAAGGUUGAAGAGGGAAAGGAAACAGGAUCAGUUCUGUGGAUGUUGACUUCACAUUUGGAAGUAGGGGACAUGGGCUGAGAAGCCCUUUGCAAAUAAAUAGCCUGUUGGGCUGGUAUUUCAGGUUUAAAAUUGAAUCUCUUUCUGAGUCAACUCUUUGCAUGUCGGAAAUCACGGUGGAUUCUGCCAUACUUUGGUUUCCAUUAUCUCCUCCCUGGCAGAGGCUGAAUUCUGGAGAUGCCUGGCUGCCACAAGAAUGCAUUUCGGGCCAAAUUUGGGCCUGGAGCAUCCAUUUACGCCAAAGCUGAAUUUAGUUCUUCAAGUUCCAUCAGAGGGAUCAUGGAUGGUGCCCAGCCAAUCUUAUCACAAUGCCACGAGGCCCUCAUACAUACUUAGAAGCCAGGAUGAGAGGCUUUUUGUACCUAAAGGAGAGUGUAAAGGAAAAUGGUUCAUCAUGAGUACCACAUAGGCUCUGAUUUCUCACCAAUGGUGGGUGUCUUCUUACAGAAGAAUAAUUUUCUGUGGGAGUGCACUACUUUAAUGCAGCCUCUUAGGGCAACAUUAGCUAAACAGCAGAGGUGUGAAAAAAUACUGGUGCGACAUAGUAGGGUAAUUCUUUAACCUCCAGUUAUUCUGGAUCUCUCUAGAGACCCAAUGGCCCCAUAUAGAGAUCCUGUGAUUUUUGAGAAACUUCCCUUAUCCUCAUGUAAUCCUGUUUCCUGCAAGCUGCUCAGUGAAGGCAAACCCCUGAUCCUGCGGGACACAGCUGGUAGGAUCAAGGCCCUACGUUCCACUAGUUGCCUGGCCUCAGAAGGCAAAGAGCCAUUCUUGGCUUGCAUUUCGUGGGGCUUGACUGAAAUCCAAGUCACAUCUCUGCAGGUGCAGAAGAAAGCACUGGUUAUUCAAUCAGGAUGGCACAGUCUCAAGCAAUCAGCAUUAAUGUGUGUGUCUCUCUUUCUCUUUCGUGUCUGUGAGUCAAAGGUUGGAACUUUUACUUGCCAGUUCAAAUUGCUUAGCGUAGCUUAUAUAGACACAGGCUAGAAAUGGGGUCACUUACUCAUAAGAUCCCGAGGAGUUUAAAUAUUUCAUUUGUCUUCUAGACUGCAAAAGAGCUUAAGGGGAAAAAAUUAACAUGUUUUCUGAACUAGGCACAGGGCUUUGAGAGUUCCCCAUCUUUGCUUUGGUCUCCAGCGUGAAUGCAGGGAGCAGUCAAGCCUGGGGUGUGUGUAACCCUACAUUGCCCGAGGUGGUACUGUGCCCGCCUAGCAAGCAAGUGAAUCAGUAACUCAGAAGAGGAGUUUGUGUGUGAGUCUGUGAAGCCUCCUGUGACGUUUGUGGGUGGAAUUUUGCUUGUGCCAUGUAUCACAGCUGCAUCUCUGCAUUUCUCACAGUCCCCGUGAUGCAACUGGCUUGGAGUUUCAGUCUGGGCCCAAAGAUGGCUGAGAAGAAUUACACAAAAAUGUGGCCAGAGAAAAUUGUGCCUGGCAGUUGUUAGACGUCCCUCGCUGUCCAGGCCACUUUAAGAAAAAACAAAAGAAGGGCCAGGCUGGAAGUCUCACCAGACAGCACAGAAACAAAGGAUUCGCCAUAAUGGAUCAGGCCGUUGUCUGGUAACCUGCCUCAGGCACUACCUGGUGCCUCAAAAGAAGGUGCAAUUCCUUGGCAAAUUGCACUGUGCUACACAUGGAGGGACAAAAUUCCUCUUUUAUCUCUGGCCUGCCACAGGAGGAUCUGAGGUUGUCAUGCUGACCGGGUCUAGGAACACUUAGGAGAGCAACCCCUUCCUUUCUGCAUGCGUGGUAAGAGAGGUGAUGGUUCUUGAAGGAAUCAUGUCCAGACAGAGACCUUGUUGUGAUGUUUCCACUGCCAGCUCCUUGGGGCAGGGACCGUAUCUGGUCCAGAGCCAGGCACACCACUGAAGCUUAAUAGUAAAAAAUAAAAAGUUCCCAGGCCUUGGUGGGGAGGGGGGAGGAAAUUUUAAAAAGAGGGUCUCUUGGAGGAACUGCACCCUCUCCAAGAAAAAACAGCUGAAAUGACAGCAUUAAAGUCUGGCACAUCAAGUGUCCUGUGUAGAUCUGAACAGGUUCAGUGCAAGGUUGUUUUUUUGCUAAUCAACGAGACAAUCAAGCCGGACAGGGCAUGCAUUGCUGCCUUACUACAGGGACACGUGCCAGGUGUGUCAUUUACCAAGUCAAAGGCCAGAGAUAAAGAGAUCCAGGCAAGACUACAGGACAAUCUGGUUAGUGUUUCCAUAGUAGUGUUAAAGUGGAGUCAGCAGGGGUAGGUUCUUGUGUUUGAUGGUGUAUAGGAGUGAUGAGAGGGCAGACAGCUUUCAGCUCUGACACCACUGAGCAGCUCAUUAGCUGUAGCUCCUUGGCAUGUUUCCUCUUGUCUAUUGUUGGUCUUUCCCCUUGGCCUGAAGGAAUAUGGCUGUUCUCUCUGCAGCUCGGUUUUCUCAUCGGUGUAGGGGGAUAGUAAUUCCUCGCUCACAGAAGAGCAAUUCAUUAAUAUUUGUAAAGCACUUUGAGACCCUUAAAUGCAGGUCUCUAUAGCAGUGCAAAAAAAAAAGUUAAAAAUGCCUGCACGGAGCAGAUGCUGCAUUUAAUCUUUAGCAGACAUGUUUCCCUUUUGAUGUAUGGACUGUUGUCAAGCUUUGCACCCUUCUAGUUUCCUUUGAUUCCUGAGAAACACAUUUCACUAUAAUAAUAAUAAUAAUAAAACCCCUUAAUAUUUGUCUUCUGAUUGCUUUCCCUGUUCUGAAGCAAGCUGAUGGCAGAAAAUGCAAAGUGCCUGGUAGGGUAGUUAAGAUUUUAUAGACUGUAAUCUUUUGUUUGGAAACAAGGCAACAGUUUACAUCGGUGACCUUAAAAAGGGGUUACAUUAAAUGCCAGCUGGUCCCAGAUUGGCUCGGCUCUUUGGAAGCAAACAUUUUCCAGAGAGCUUUGUGUUGCAACAGGGCCUUUAUUUUUAAUUCUUGGAAUCAGUAUUAUCUGGUGCUGGUGGUUUUGACUUUGGAUCCUUUCCCUGUGAUUUAUGCUCUCCACUCGGAUAGGAAAAGCUGCCAGAAAGUUCGUUUUAUUGUUCUUGCAUUCCCGCUGAUGGAGUCCUUUUUGGCUGUUUUUCCUCCCAAGUGCAAUUGUUCAUAAGUGAAUGAUUGUUACUGUUAACAGUUCUAUAGGCUAUUGGACCUGCAAUGACUUCUCCUUUUGUAGCAAGCAUAGUCACUUGGCACUGGAGAGAAAGACAGAGAGAAAUCCUAGGAUUGGUUUAAUGAAGAGGACAUUGUCGUGAUCUUAAUUGGACAUAAACAGUAGGGAGUCAUUUCUGUAGGCAGGAAAGCGGGUACAGAUAAAAAACUAAGACACCUGCGUGGACUCAGUGAUUUGGAAAAGAUAAAAAAAAAGAACAGCUCAUGUGUUUCAGUGUCUGGGCAAAAAAUUAUCCUCAGCAUGAGCUAGUGAAAUCUUAAUUGACGCCUGAACUUGACUAGAAGCUUGUGAGAUGGUAUAAUUUGAUGCAGCUGCGCAAUCCUUUUACAGGUGCUAAAACAACAGGGAUUAUGUUAGUCUCCAACUUAGAUCUUUUGCCAGUAAUCAGACAGCUGCUCUUGUUGCUGGGAAUUGGUAUAUAGAUGUAUAUUUUGGUAAUCAGUAGCUUGCUAAUUACAAUGGAGCUCCAUCUAGAUGAGAACCCGCCUGGCAGGUGUGAUGCUAUAAGCCAGUCUUUAUGUGGGGCUUGCCUGGGUUGCAUGCAGCAGGUAGGAUGCACCUGAAUGACACAGAGUGAAGCAAAAAGUGUUUCUUCCCCCAGUAUCUGAGCGGUUGGGCAUGUGUUAAAAUUCAGAGGGGCAGAGGUUAAGUGCUGCUUCCCAGAUGACACUGGAAUGUGAAGCAAAGGCAGAGUCAGUUUCUCAGCUGGUUUAAAUCAGUAAGCUCUGGUGGCCACACCCGUUUACAUCCGCUAAUGAUCUGACCCACAACAGUUUGUUCAAGGAAAUAAUAAUUUUGGUUUGUCUGAUGAUUUGUCCCGCAGAACAGGCUACAAGAGAUUUUGCCUGUGGAAAGAAAACUCACGGGUGAGCACAGGAAAAGCUGUAAAGUUUUUGGUUUUUUUAUUUGAUUAUUUUAUACCAUUUAGGAUUUUUUAUUUUAACAACUUCCUGAUGAAAUAGUAGUCAUUGCAACGUAGAGAAGUGUCUUUAAGUCUUUAAUGUAAAACCCAGAAGGUGUUUGCAGUGACACACCAUGCUUCUGGCUACGCUGGGUAAUUAACCGUAGGAACACCUUACCGAGAGACGUGGUGGAUUCUCUGUCGCCUAAAGUCUGUAAAUCAAAAGGGGAUGCUUGCUAAAAGAUAUGCUCCGGCUCAGCCAGAAAUGCUGGGCUUGAUGCAGAAAUUAGUGGGUGAGGUUCUCUAGCUUAUGUUACACAGGAGGUCAGAUGGGAUGAUCAUAACAGUCCCCUCUGGCCUUAAAAUCUAGGAAGCCUCUGCUGGUGGCCUGGUGCUGCAUUUGGCUUUUUCUGAGGUGCAUUUGGAAAUUAAUAAAAUUAGAGUAAUAUGUGCAGGAGAAAAUGCCUCCUAAAUUAUAUAUGGGGCUAAUUUUUUCUGUUACAGCUCUGCAACCCUAUAAUAAUAAUAAUAAUUAAUACCAAGGAGCCAUUCCGCCCAAGAGCUCAAAGUGCUUUACGGAGGUGUGUAAGUAGAAAUGUCUUUAGGUCUCAGGUGGGGAAACCGAGGCACACCGUGAUUUUUUUUUUUUGUAUCGACUUGUCCAAAGAUACAGAAGAGAUCAAUAGCAGAGCUAGGACUAGGACACAAAUCUGCUUUUCAGCUGUGUGCACUAGCCACUGAACUGUGCUGACUCUCCAGAUUUAGAGGAAACCAUAAAGCUGGUUUGACUCUGUGUUGUAAUAUACUUCAUUUCCAUACUAUCGUUGUUGCUUUUUUGUCAUCAUUUAUCAGCCCAUUGCAUUACUCUCCUUACAUGUAAGAAAUAAAGAAUGUAAUUGGUUUUCAAA